GGGAAGGGCGAUGGCGGUGUUCAGGUAAGUGCGCCAGUGUGUGAAGGCGACGCACAGAGGAGUCACUGUGCGUAGAGUUGGAGAGAAUACAGCAGGAGAGCAGCUGCCACGUUCGUUAGUCGACAAAGAACGACUUGAAAAAAAGUACCAGGGCGCGAGAACUGUUGAUAAUUGAAUGCAAGAGUGACGAUUGUUCCUCUAAACUUGAUAGCUCCGAGAAUACAACGAAACCUGAUCGUUACUUCUGUUUUUGGGAAGUUAAAGCGGAGCAUCUCCACCGUCAUGUUCAGUUGGGUGAAUAAGGAACAAGGAGGGAGAAACAAGGAGGGCGAGAUGUAUCAAACAGUAACGGAGGGACUUCAAGCUCUUUAUUCAAAGAAAUUAUUACCAUUGGAGGAAACGUACCUUUUUCAUGAUUUCCACUCUCCGGCUUUGGAGGCAGCAGAUUUCCAGAGCAAGCCUAUGGUCCUCCUUGUCGGCCAGUACUCCACUGGGAAAACAACGUUCAUCAGAUACCUGCUGGAGCAGGAUUUUCCAGGGAUGCGGAUCGGACCAGAGCCCACCACCGAUGGAUUCAUCGCCGUCAUGCACGGGGACACCGAGGGCGUCGUCCCUGGAAACGCCCUGGUCGUCGACCCCAAGAAACCCUUCCGUAAACUCAAUGCCUUUGGAAACUCCUUCCUCAACAGGUUUAUUUGUUCCCAGAUGCCUAACCAAGUGCUACAGAGUAUCAGCAUCAUCGACACUCCGGGCAUCCUGUCUGGAGAGAAGCAACGCAUCAGCAGAGGCUACGACUUCUCCGAGGUUCUGCGCUGGUUCGGCGAGCGCGUGGACCGCAUCAUCCUCCUGUUCGACGCCCACAAGCUGGACAUCUCCGACGAGUUCUCUGAGGCCAUCAAGGCGUUCCGCGGGCAGGAUGACAAGAUCCGCGUGGUCCUCAACAAGGCCGACCAGGUGGACUCCCAGCAGCUGAUGCGUGUCUACGGCGCCCUCAUGUGGUCGCUGGGCAAGGUGAUCAACACGCCGGAGGUGGCCCGGGUCUACCUGGGAUCUUUCUGGGCCAAGCCGCUCCAGAACUCCGAAAACCGCCGUCUGUUCGAGGCGGAGACCCAAGACCUGUUCCGAGACAUCCAGAGUUUGCCGAGGAACGCCGCCUUGCGCAAGCUCAACGACCUCAUAAAGCGAGCCCGCCUUGCUAAGGUGCAUGCCUACAUCAUCAGCUACCUGAAGAAGGAGAUGCCGUCUCUGUUUGGGAAGGAGAAGAAGAAGGAGGAACUGAUCAUGAGGCUCCCAGAGAUCUACACACUGCUGCAGAGAGAGCACCACAUCUCCCCUGGAGACUUCCCCAACGUUGGCAAGAUGCAGGAGCAGCUCCAGCACUACGACUUCAGCAAGUUCCCCUCCCUCAAGAUCAAACUGAUCGAGUCCGUCGACAGAAUGCUGGCCAACAAGAUUUCAGGCCUGAUGACCAUGAUCCGUGACGAGGAGAGCAAGGCUCCGCCCCCGAUGGUGUCGGGCGGGGCGUUCGAGGACACGCAGGACGGCCCGUUCGGCCACGGCUACGGUGAGGGCAUCAGCGCCGGCGCCGACACCGAGGACUGGAUCGUGAGCCGGGAUAAACACAAGUACGACGAGAUCUUCUACAUGCUCAUGCCCGUCAACGGGAAGAUCGCAGGCGUCAACGCCAAGAAGGAGAUGAUGAACUCGCACCUGCCCAACACGGUUCUGGGAAAGAUCUGGAAGCUGGCGGACUGCGACAAGGACGGGAUGCUGGACGAUGAGGAGUUUGCCCUGGCACAGCACCUCAUCAAGGUGAAGCUGGAGGGGUACGAGCUGCCAGCAGAGCUGCCAUUACACCUGGUGCCCCCUUCACACCGCAAGAACCCCACAGCAGACACCCUCUACAACCACGAGGAGGAUUAGUCAACACGCUGAUUCACCUUCUUAUUAACAAACUCAUGUCCGGAGAGUGCACAGGUUUGGUUAGAAUGUCAUUCAUGUGUUGGGAUUUAAGAAUAAGAGCAGGAUUUUCACAAUAAAAGCCUUCCCUUAAUUGACUCCCUGAUGAGGAGUACACACCCAACUAACUGCCACAUACACAUGCAGUGACUGUGAACAUGGAACCAAAGCCUUACUUUGUUACUGAUUGUCUUUGCUCACUUUUUGACAUUUACUGCAUCCAGAGAUUAGUUUAACAUAUCUAGGAUUCAAACGUCAAUGUCAAAGUGGAUUUAUGUUUUUAAUUGUCUUGUAUGUGUAAUCAACUGUCAGAAAAUCAGUUCCAAAGAAAUCGCUCCCCAACACGUAUGUUUAUUUAACAUCCCUCGAGUAACUUCCUGUCUAACACUCAGAAACAGGAAGUUGGUGUGAUGGACUGUUGCAGGGUUAGAGAGCAUGUCCUCCUGUUUUAACAGCAGACAACAGAGGAACAGGCUAUUAACUACCUGAACAUAGAGUACACCCAGAGAGAAAAUACAUUCUGUCUCUCUUCACAUCACUUUACUGCUAUCACUGUAAAAUAUUUCUGUAGGCCUUCAUCCAAAUUGUGCAUUGUUUUUAAGUAACAAAUGAACAUUAUUAUAUCUAAACUUAUGAUGGGAGUUAUAUCCUUGAGGACACAAGUCACACACAAAGCUUGCCUUAAAGCCAUGUGCCUAAGCAGAAAUGUCAGGUCUGUUUUUCAGUAGGCCAGAUAUGCCUGUAGCAGAUUUGGAUGAAGAUGAAGCAAUUAAUUAUGAGAAUAUUAAAAUAAUUUUAUUUUUGGAACAUGUUACAUUUAAUAUUCCUAGAGGCAGACAAAUGACCAUUGGUUACCCGGUAACAUUAUUGUGUCUGUUUAUUUGUGCAUCUGUGUCCAUGAUUUCAAUGUCUAUCAAUGAUUCAAGAGUCCAUGUUCGUGAUUUUGAACGUGAUCGUAAUUAAAACCAGUAAAUGUGUGAAGGGCCUUUCUGCACCUGACCCUAACAUCUAACCUCUCCUCGUCUGAAGAUCUAAGUAUAGGAUCACAUUAACUUGUGUACUGAUAGGAACUAACUGUAUUUUGAAUAGGAUUAGAGUUUUCUUGGCUCAGUGUCUAUGAUCUCCCCAACCCCUUGAUUGGGCGUUAGCUCAAUUACUCUGAGGUAGGAUCCUGACAGCAUGUUAGCAUGCUAUACUGCAUAGCAUGUCAGCAUGCUAUACUGCACAGCAUGUUAGCAUGCUAUACUGCAUAGCAGCAUAGCAUAGACUGAUAGUUCACUGCCUGCCAGUAUCCUGGCAAAAUAAACGGAUGCUGGUGGUUCUGGUUGCAUCACUUCCAGGCUGUCACGGGUGUGGAGAAACCUCCACAAGAGUUGUGUAAUGUCUUCAUCUCCAUGACAGAAGGGGUGGAGGGGGAAGUCAGAUGAACUUGCACUCAAACCAGAUCUUUCUCUAUCCGAGAACUGCUCUCUCUAUCUGAGAACAGCUGCUCCUUUGUUAAAAGAUCAUCAGUUUGACUGAUAAGUGUAAUAUUAAAGGCUUAUUUCUAUGGUUUGGCAGUUGGAGGUAGUAGUGAUAUGGCGCAUUUUGGUCUUUGAUAUGAUGUUUUGAACUGUCCAGGCUAAACUGAUCCUCUCAGAUAUUUUCCAGUGCCCCUGGAAUACGGCUUGAUACAUGGUAAUUCAUGGAUCUCAGUCCUUUAUCUUGUACAGCUUCAACAUUGUAAUAUUUUACCCUUGUAAAUUGCUGUUUGUGAAUACUGAUUAAACAAUCUCACUGUA